AUGAUCAUCUUAAUCUAUACCGUACUGGGACUCGUAAAUGACUACUUGUGUUAUCCCUAUACCUAUAGACUCAGUAUUAAGCCGUCGAAUAGAUUAGACGUACCGCCGAUCACUUUCUGUACGGAAAGGGAUGUUCGUGAAUACGAGGUGAACAAGCAAUUGGCUGAAAAGAACGCAAUGGACCUGGUUAAACAAUGCAAAACUACUUUCAAACACGAUGGUAAAGAGACUGCAAUUAAGGUAACGAGUGUUGGAGUCGAUGGGAGCCUGGAGUUAAGCAAAACUAACGUUCACUUGCUGUCCACUCCUUACAUGAUGUCAUGUACUUAUGAUUAUCUGCAAUUUAUGACUCAAACCUCAUUAAAGAUCAUUGAUAACAAGGGCAUUGAUAAUAACAUUGGCUAUCAGUCUAUGCCUACAAUCACUUACUAA